AUGGCGACAGCGGCGCCCACCAGCACUCCGCUGGCGGACCUGCCGCUGGAGCAACUCACUCUCUACCACGCCGCCGAUAGCUGCCUGAGCUCCGUCCUGAUCUUCUACGGCCCCGUUGCAACCGCCAAUGCAACCGUUAGCAGCUCACGCAUCCAAGCCCAUGUCCUUUCCCCGGCUGGAUUCCACAGUUAUCCUCGAAUGACCGUGUCACCCGCCGCGCCGUUGUACGCUGCAGUCAACCACCUACCCCGAGAGAAACAAGGAGAUGAGGUGUGCCGUGGGUUGGCGGUCAGCAUGUUGAAAUACUUCACGGAGCUGUCUGAUCCGGUGAAGCGCCGCCUCAUGGAUUCCGCGCGACGGCCGGGUGGAAAGAUUCCGAAGGCAUUCGAUGAGAUGCAUGCGGCGGACUUGGCCAACCGAAUGAUGAAAGUGGACAACCAAUCCGAAAUCACACGCGAUAUCCGGAGCGCGUUUGGUGAGCGCAAAGUCCCCUGGAUUGAGGUCGAUGUUUCCCUGCCAGCAGGCACCAUACAGAAAGCUCGACGCGGCAGUGCGGAGUCGGACAUCGAGGAACGCCAGGAUCUUGACUAUGGGCCAUACACACCGCUUAUACAGACGCUGGGGGAACCGAUGUUUUUACCGACUUCACGAUUGAAGCGAGCUCCGUCGCAGCCGACAAAUGCCAGCAAGUCGAGAAUCUUUUCUAGGAGCCAGAAAGAGGCUCUUCGUCUCACGAUGUGUGAACUGGUCGACACCGAGGAACGAUACGUCGCCAAAUUAUACACCCUCGUUCAUGAAGUAGCAGAUGAGUUUCGUCAAAAGGCGCAAGAAAGAGAACCAUCGAGUAGCAGCCCCGACGAAACCGCGUUGGAAGGCCUGUUUCCGCCAUGUUUGAAUGAGAUCUUGGAAAUCAAUCAUGGAUUUUUGAAUGUCAUUCGCCAGGUUCUCGACGAGACAGAGAAAGAUGCCAUGUCAGACAUUGGCCAGGAUACCGAACUCGCUUCACAUGGAUCACACCGGAACGUGUCAAGGGAAGGCCAGGAUGCUAUUGGUGCCGUCGCCUUUGCGAAGGCCCUUCUUGAAUGGCUGCCGCGCUUUUCACAGCCAUACGCGGACUACAUGCGGGCCAACACCGGGUUUACACCGACCCUCACUUCGUUCAUGAAAGACAAGAAUUCAAGUUUCUCAAAAAAGGUUUACGAGACUGGAGAACAGAAACUACGGUCACUUCUGAUGGAACCUGUCCAAAGACUGCCUCGAUACAGCUUGUUGAUUGACACCAUGACGGGCAAUUUGCCUCUAGUUCAUCCAGCUGUGCGGCCUCUACUGAGGGCGCGCGACAUCAUCAAGGAGAUUUGUGCCCUGGACAACCCUUCGUCGUCCAGUCAUGCACAGAGCUUGCAACGGUUGAGAGAACUCGUUGACGGGUGGCCGGCAAAGAUAUUCCCUGAGGGUCGGCUGAUCACAGCGGUUGAUUUCCACGAGGUUGCUGCCCCGUAUCGCCUUGAUGCACAGGCGCCUGGUCCCAGUGCCGGGCUGAUGCUGCUCUACAAGAACUGUUUGGUUAUGUUGGUGAAACCGGCAGAAAGCAGAACCACUGCCCGGGGCUUGCUUGCUGAUAUUGACAAUGCCGUGUCGACGACAAAUGACGUCCCCGGAUCGUUACCGUCCUCAGAGCUCAAGGUUGCACAAGUGAUGGAACUCCAUACAGUCCGUUGCAUGCAGUCCGCGUGUGGUCGAAUCCUCUUCAUCGUGCCAGCCUCAGCAAAGCACAAGACCAGCCAGCGUAGUGGAGACCUACUGGCGCUGGAGUUGACCGCCAUGUACGAAGGUAAAGCUACUCGAUUGGUCGAGGAAAUUGCCAAGGCAAAGAUCGAAGGACGAUUCUCCGAGCAAGAGCGCGAAGAAGGCAGAUGGACUCUCCGUAGUCCUACUGGCUCGGUGGGUAACCUUGGAAUUCUCGCAUGUGUCUUCGAGGAGGGUCCCUCUAUGAACCAACAAAUCCAGCCGUCGCCCAUCCGUGUUGUCUUCAACACAUCCAAGGCCAUAUGUGACCAGAUGCUCAGCAACACUAGCCUGGAGGCCAUUGUUUCAGUAACUCGGAACGGAGACCUUUACAGAGUGGACGUCGACUCGGUGAUCGGUUCAGCGUCUACAGAUAUGGUCCCCGUGGACAGCUUUAUCGCGACUCUCUCCAAGCGCCUCCAAAAUCUGGUCUCGUCGUUGCAUGGCCCUCCAAAUCCGGUCUUGACAGCACCGCUAGUCAAUUCGAAUUUUGAAAUUAUUCGCUAUCUUACGAGCAACCUGCUCACGCAUGUCAAGUCCUCCCGAGGAUUCCGGCCACCCUCUCCAACCAAACUCCUUUCAAAUCUUCUAGGUGGAAGUCAGUCGCGCGACAAUGUACCUACCAUUAAAGCCCCAAGCUCGGCGACAUUGACGGGCGAAUUCCCCAAAAUCCUGCCGCCGAGGGGCAAUUUGUCGAGGUCAAACACCCUGCCAUCUGCGUUCCCUACGAAAGACAAGGAGAAAGACGAGGGCUCGAACCGAAUUUCAGUUGUUGGACCAUCGGCAGCGAAAGGACCAGAUGGCCAAUCUGGCUCCUUGGAGCAGACACUUGCUGCUUAUGUGUUGUCUCUACAGUCACGCAGUGGCAAUAUCCUGGGGCGGAUGCUUCGUGCACGAGAUCAUGUUGAUCGAGCACCCGUCAACGAGCUUUAUAACAUCUUGCUUGAAGAUCCCAGUAAGAUUCAAGCAGCUGCGGAAGUACCUGUGGAUACUCUCUUUGUCGCAUUUGAAACAUUCAUGGCAAAUGCGUGGAAGAGCCACAUGGGUCCAGUUUUGGAUGCUUCAUCCUUGAAGCUGCUGCAAACACAGUUCGAUUCCAUGUUCCCACGCGACUUUGACGAGCACUUUCGACGGUUUUUGGUGGAUAUCAGCCCACAAAAUCGUCGUGCCUUGGCAGCAAUUACUCGCCUUCUUGCUGAAUUGCUGGAUGCUUCUGGUAAUGAUGGAGACCGAGGCGCUUUAACGGUGGCCUUCGCAGAGGUGCUGACAGAAGAAGGCGAUCCUGUGCAGCAUGUCUCUCUUUUGGAUCGACUGGUCGAGGAUUUUGAUAGCCUCUUCGAAGACUUUGUUCCUGGCGGAGCCUCUGUGGAAGGCACAUUGACUUGUGACCAGACGAAGCCAUCUCAUAAUACCGGCUCUGUGAGCUCCAAUGCCUCGUCCUUCCGAAAACGCUUCGGCUUCAACCUGCAUCACGACAAGCCGAAAAAUGAAGGAGAGAGCAAGGUGGCCUCGAUCCUGCGAACCUUAAGCAAGAAGCAGAGCCCAGCUGGUUCAGAGCCUGGCACUCCUAAAGGCUCUUUGAUCCGCUCCAAGUCCACUGAUGUGGAUGUGCGUUUGGGGCUUCUGCGGCCUUCCUCACGCGAUCACCCAUAUGGCUUCGCAUCCGAGGAACAGAUCUCAAGACCCGGAACUGGGGUUGAGCAGCCGCCUUCCCUGUCCUCCAUCCGCGGCAUAUCGCAUGAUGGCGUGGUGAAGAUUCGCAGGAAGCGGAGAAGCUCAUUGUCCGACUUUCGACCUCCUACUGCUGGGUCGGAUGCAUCCAACAUCUCCCCGGUUCAUCCAUUGCGCCCAGUGACACCAUCCAAUCGGCCCCAGGUAGAGGCAACCACACCCAACACACAGUCCAGACCACAGAGCAGCUACUUGCGAGCAUCUCCUGCAAGAAGCUCGUCCCCUAUGAAAAGUAGCUCUCCGGCGCGCUUUGGCUCGCCAAUAAGGAGAAUGUCGCCCCCUCCUCGUCCAAGUACUCCGAGUCGGAAGGAGAAUAUUGACCCCAAGACGCCGCUGACGGAGCGCAUUGCAAAGACGAACCGCGAUGUUCCUGACUCGCCGCUCCAAGAAUCCAAGAGGCGUUCCCGGGCAACCAGCAUUCCACAGAGGACAACAGGUCUUCGGGAACGACCCAGCACCAAUGGCUCUGAUACUAAACGGCCGCAGUCCUCGUCUUCAUCGCCACAAAAGUCGCAGAAAUUACGCAUGCAGAGUCCCCAAAAGCUUCGUGAUCGUGUACAAAACGAGAAGAAAGCACAAGCAACAAGUCAGCUCAGCUUGAGGGACGAGCUUACUGCGCUCAGCAACGAAGUUCGAACAUUGAAGCUCACACCAACAAAGCAAUCCGGCUUGAUGCAGUCCGUACACGCCCCUUCGAGUGGGAAUACAUCCCUUGAAUCACGGAUGCGAAAUCUCGAAGCGCGAUUUGACAUGAUGAGCGGCGAAUAUAAUGGCCGCACGGCUGCAAUCGAAAAAGAUCUCGAGUCAUCCCUUCUUGUCAGCGAGAAACGCGUGAAGAAGCUGGACGAGCUUUACCGGGACGCGAGUGCCGAAAAUGAAGCGCUCUAUGAUCGAUUCAACUCUGAGCUCAGUAAAAUUGCUCGGGACGUACGCUCGGGUAGCGCAGAAGAUGCUCUGAGAUCUCAGUUGACAACUGCGCUAGAUGAAAUUGGCCGCCUCAAGAAGGAAAACUUUCGAUUGAAAAGGGAAAUCGGAGGUCUUCGAGCGCAGCAGGCUGCAGUUUCUCUGCUGCGAGCCAGUGAGCAAUGA